AUGUGUUGCUCACGAUGGAAUUAUUUUGGUACUAGUGUUGAAUAUUGUGGUGUUAGAUGCCAAGCUGGAAAUAAUUUAUUUCAUGGUCGAUGCACGUAUUAUUAUAUUCAAGGUGAAUAUACAGCAUGUGGUAUACGACAUAGUGAUAGCGAAUAUAUAGCUGCUUUGAAUGCUCCUCAAUUUGAUGUACAUACAUCAAAUGGAAAUCCAAAUCGAAAUUCAUUAUGUAAUCGUAGAAUUCAAGUAAAAGGUCCUCGAGGUUUGAUUGUAGUUCGAGUAGUAGAUCGAUGUUCAAGUUGUUCUCAUGGUAGUUUAGAUUUAUCACCUGCAGCAUUCAAAGUUGUCGCUGGAAGUCUCAGUGUUGGUGUUGUUCAAGUUUCGUGGUAUAUAGAAUGA